AUGUCGUGGAAGUUGACCAAGAAGUUGAAGGAGACGCACCUGGCACCUCUGACUAGCGGUUUUGGUCGUUCGACUUCUACGUCGACAGUGAAGGCAGAAGACGAGACUACCCCGCAACAAGAGUCCCCCAGCCUCUCGACCAUGCAGAGCAAUACCAGUGUAACAUCUGCGAAUGGCAUCGCCGCCUCCGAAGCCAUGAGCAACCCCCCAGUUCAAACCACAAAGCCCGGUAUCCUGAUCGUGACCCUCCACGAAGGCAAAGGCUUCUCGUUACCACAGCAAUAUCAGCAGGCGUUCAACAACUACUACGGCGGAGGACACGCAGGCUCGGUCCGUCCUAACUCCUCGUACUCUGCAAACUCCGUAGCGGGCUCUUUCUCACAGAGCAACCGACCUGUCUCGACCCAUGCCGGCAUCAACGCUGCUCCUACCAUUCACGGCCGCUACAACAGCAAGCAUCUCCCCUAUGCUCUCCUUGACUUCGAUAAACUACAGGUUUUUGUCGACGCCGUCUCAGGCAGUCCCGAGAACCCAUUGUGGGCGGGUGACAACACAUCGUUCAAGUUUGAUGUGUCAAGAGUGUGUGAAUUGAGUGUUCAACUAUACCUUCGCAACCCCGCAGCGAGACCUGGAGUCGGCAGAAGCGAGGAUAUCUUCCUUGGAGGUGCUCGUAUCCAACCACGUUUCGAGGAGGCCAAACCGUUUGUACCCGACCCAAAGAAGAGCAAGAAGGACAACGACAAGGCCGAGGCACAGCAUCAACAGCAGGAAAAGCAAGCUGGUCAACUUGGCGCCGAAUGGGUUGAUGUGCAGUUUGGCACUGGCUCUAUCAAAAUCGGUGUCAACUACGUUGAGAAUCGUCAAGGCAGUCUCAAGAUCGACGACUUUGAGCUACUCAAGGUUGUUGGGAGAGGAAGCUUCGGAAAAGUCAUGCAAGUCUUGAAGAAGGACACCGGCCGGAUUUACGCCCUCAAGACAAUUCGAAAAGCCCAUAUCAUCUCGCGAUCCGAAGUUGCACACACCCUCGCCGAACGCUCGGUGCUGGCACAAAUCAACAACCCCUUCAUCACGCCCCUCAAAUUCUCCUUCCAGUCGCCCGACAAGCUAUAUUUCGUUCUCGCCUUUGUCAAUGGUGGCGAGCUGUUCCACCACCUGCAGAAGGAACAGAGAUUCGACAUCAACCGUGCCAGAUUCUACACCGCUGAGCUUCUAUGCGCUCUCGAGUGCUUACACGGCUUCAAGGUCAUCUACCGCGAUCUCAAGCCUGAGAAUAUCCUGCUCGACUACUCGGGACACAUUGCACUCUGUGACUUUGGUCUCUGCAAGCUAGACAUGAAGGACGAGGACCGCACGAACACUUUCUGUGGCACGCCCGAGUAUCUCGCUCCCGAGCUCCUUCUCGGCCAUGGAUACACCAAGACUGUCGAUUGGUGGACUCUGGGUGUUCUUCUCUACGAAAUGCUUACUGGGUUGCCGCCAUUCUACGACGAGAAUACCAACGAGAUGUAUCGCAAGAUUCUACAAGAACCACUCCACUUCCCUGGCCCGGAGAUUGUCCCCGCGGCUGCCAAGGAUCUUCUAACUAAGCUUCUGGACCGUGAUCCGCAGCGGCGUCUAGGUGCUAGCGGCGCCUCAGAGAUCAAAGCACACCACUUCUUCGCCAAUAUUGAUUGGAGGAAGCUGCUCCAGCGGAAGUACGAGCCCAGCUUCAAACCUAGUGUUGCCGACGCUCGCGAUACUGCCAACUUCGACAAGGAGUUCACAUCCGAAGUACCUAAAGAUUCGUAUGUCGAAGGUCCUGUUCUGUCGCAGACCAUGCAACAACAAUUUGCCGGAUGGUCGUAUAACCGUCCUGUCGCUGGGUUGGGUGAUGCUGGUGGCAGUGUCAAGGACCCCUCUUUCGAUAACAUCUGA